GGAUUUUUUUUUCAAUUACGGAGGGGGUGGAGUGGAACUGCAGAGGUGCCCCUCACCUUCCUCAGUUUCCACGACGCUGAUGGAAAAUUGGGUCGGAGGGGAAAGCGUGGAGCGAAGGGAAGGAAACGGCGGAGGCGGGCGCCGCACCCGGAAUCUUAACUUGCUGUGUGUGUGCGCCAGUUUUUCCGCGCGGGAGGCCGAGGAGGGCGCCCAGCCCACACCCCAGCGCACCGGAGUGACUAAGGGCUGCGGUGCCUUCAUCCCACCCCACCCCCUUCCCCCAGUGAGCCGGAAUGAACGCAGCCACUGUCCAUCACAGACAGUGAAGAAGCUCCUGGAAGAACAGAGGCGCCGCCAGCAGCAGCCUGACGCUGGGGGGCUACAGGGACAGUUCUCACCACCCCCACCUCUGUCCCUGACCCCCUCUGUGAAUGAAGGGGAGGCUGGCCAUACUCACUUCCCAGUGCACCAGGAGCCUCUGAGCUCUGGAUCCAGCAACCUGGCCCCCCCAGCGAGCUUUCCAGACUGGGACCCCAACACGCCUGCUGCCUACACAGAAAGCUCCUAUUCUUACCCUACUUCUGCUGCUGAAACUUUCCUGACUCCUGACUUCUACCCACCCUUGGACCCAGGGCGUCUGGGACCAUUCCCCUCUGGGAUGGAGGACCCCCUGGAUACCCGGCUCUGUGCAGAACCUCUUCUACCUCAUACAGGAGCCUGGAGAGGCUCUGGACUCUCCUCAGGACCCCCACAGCUGCCCCCUGUGGUUACUGGACCAUCCCUGGACACAGCCCGUGCUCACAUGCUGGCUCUGGGGCCACAGCAGCUGCUGGCCCAGGAUGAGGAAGGAGACACGCUCCUGCAUCUGUUUGCAGCUCGGGGACUGCGCUGGGCAGCAUAUGCCGCCGCAGAGGUGCUCCAAGUGUACAAACAUCUGGACAUUCGAGAGCAUAAGGGCAAGACACCUCUCCUGGUGGCUGCUGCUGCCAACCAGCCCCUGAUUGUGGAGGACCUGCUGAACCUGGGAGCAGAGCCCAAUGCUACUGACCAUCAGGGACGUUCUGUCUUGCACGUGGCCGCUACGUAUGGGCUCCCAGGAGUUCUCUCGGCUGUGCUCAACUCAGGGGUUCGAGUUGACCUGGAAGCCAGAGACUUCGAGGGCCUCACCCCACUCCACACAGCCACCCUGGCUCUCAAUGUUGCUAUGCACCCACCGGACCCAUGUCCUCGGAUGCUGAGUGCCCAGGCACGAGAUAGGCUAACCUGUGUUCAGAUGUUGCUGCACAUGGGUGCUGAUCACACCAGCCAGGAGAUUAAAAGCAACAAGACUGUUCUGCACUUGGCUGUGCAGGCCGCCAACCCUACCCUGGUCCAGCUGCUGUUGGAGCUUCCACGGGGAGACCUGCGGGCCUUUGUCAACAUGAAGGCCCAUGGGAACACAGCCCUGCACAUGGCAGCCGCCCUGCCUCCUGGACCAACCCAGGAGGCUAUUGUGCGGCGCCUGCUGACUGCUGGGGCAGAUCCGACACUGCGCAACCUGGAGAAUGAGCAGCCUGUUCACCUGCUACGUUCUGGCCCGGGCCCCGAGGGGCUCCGGCAGCUAUUGAAGAGGAGCCGUGUGGCGCCCCCAGGUCUGUCCUCUUAGGACUCAAAUCCAGAACCUGGACUGAUUUUUCCAGUCCCCACCGUCCUGUGGGACAGUCAGCGUAUGCUAUUGUUGCAAAUUCAUGAUAAUGUAUGUGGAAUGUCCUGCCAUUGGGGUCUUACAUUAAAACCCCAGAAUGGCUGCUGGGAGGGGUAAACAAUCCCCAAUAUUUGGGGUAAUGUGAUACCCCUCUUCCAUCCACAAGGAGCCCCUUGAUGAUUUCUGUGAAAUCGAGGCCCCUUGCCUGUUUCUGUGAAACACCCUGGAUACCUAGCGCUUUCCCCUCUGGGAUCAGUUGGAAUUCCCUCCCCUGACUCUUCUUACCUGGAACCCCAGAUGUAAAUUCCCUACAGGGUACUUAGAACACCCCAAAAGCAUAAACCCCAAUAGCAUUUUAAUAGACCUCCUAGGAUGACACCCAACCCUCCCCAGGACCCACACUCUCAGGUCCUUCAUCCUGAGACAUAGUCAGGACUCUUUUAGAAUCCUUAGGUCCUCCUGCUUCCUAAUUCAGAAUUCAGCAGGCCCCUGCCCCAGGCCUCAGCACUCCAGUGAAUCCCUCCCCUCUUAGAAACUCCCCAUUAAACUCAAUUUGGACUUGAA